UGUGUAGAGUGAGGUUGUGUAGCUAUGGUGUAGCUGCCGAUAUGUGUUCCUUCUCAGCAACGUUUGCUGUUCGGCUCGAAUAAACUUCUUAGUUGCCACAAUAGUUAGCACCUGAUGCCAUUGCUUAAAUAAUUGAAAUAGUUAGAGUGCACGUUUAUAACUCUUGUCCUUGAAUUUGGAUUAUUCAUUACUAAAGUCGGAUUGUCGCCGUUAGUGGAAGCAGUUUAGGAUGCACUGGACCCACUUGGAUAUUUUUAGGAGCCGCGAAAAAACCAUCUUGAUAUUUAGAAAAAUAGCUACGAGAUUGAAUCUCUACAAGGUUAAGAAGUGAUCAUGAUGAAUGUCAUAUGAAAGUUGAUUUAGUGAAGACAAUAAACUUGAAUUGUGUUACUUGACAACUUUGUGAAACUUCUUAGGACCUGAAGUGAUUCAAGUGUCGCCUCUUCGCCUGCUACACGGAAUGCCUCGCAGGAAGCAGGAUUGUCCCAAACGCAUGAAAUGGGAGGAGGAGGCGCGUCUGGCUGGUCAGCUGCGCAACGGUGGGGACGUUGGGGAACUAGACAGCCCCAGCUCUAGCCCUAGACACAGACGAAGCAGUGGCAGCGCUGCAUCAAGAGAUGGUAUGUCACCCCGAGCGUCACCUCGGGAAAGCCUAACACCCUCACCCAUGGAUCGAUCACCCAGAAAUUCCCCGGUCCCCGCGAUCGGGUCAGACUCAGAUGCAGAUUUUAACGACUUUCACUUCAGAAGAUCACCAUCAUCGAUGACUCAUGAAGAUCUUCUAGCACUCACCGGCAAACUAUCGUGUAGAAUGUCUCCUAGUUCAGGUCUAAAACUCGGAGAGUCCCCUUUAGAUUUGUCGGUGCCUAGAAAGCGGGCUGCUGAUGCACUACUAGAGGCUGCCCAUGCGCAAAGCAAAAUUGCGAUGGACAUGAGCAGACUAGGGGCUUGGGGGUUACCGCUGCCUCCUCAUCUAGCAUCAGCAAUGGCUAUGCGACCAGACUUAGCUGGUCCCGGGUUCAAACCAGAUUUCAGUCUUUGGAAUGGCAAAUCUAAGGCAGAUGUAACAAAACUUUCUCCUUUUCCACUUGGUAUCCCUGCUCCUUCACCCACUGAGGCUUCUAAAGCCUUAGAGAGAAUGAGUGAGCUGAGUCGUCGAGGCGCUGAAGGCAGCUUGUCGACUGCGGCAUCAGCAGAUUUCUUCCGCGCUGGAAUGGGCGGACUGAACGCAAUGGGGAACAUGGCAGGUGGAGGAGGUUCAUCUGGAGCACGUGCGAACGCCUGGCAAAGUCAUUGGUUGUCUAAAGGACAGGAUGCUACGCGAGAUGUUCUAAAAUGCGUCUGGUGCAAAGCAUCCUUUUCUACACUUGCUGACUUGACAACUCACAUGAAGGAAGCUAAGCACUGUGGUGUGGCCUUGCCACCACCAUCAUCAAACAUGCCUCCAUCAAUGCCUCCCAAUAGAAUGGGAUCCAGCAAACCACCAUCUUCUUCUCCUGGCGCGGGAGGAUCUUCUUCUAACGAUUUGAUUUCUAAUAUCAAGGAAACAAUGCCGCUACCUAGAAAACUUGUCCGCGGACAGGACGUCUGGUUAGGAAAAGGAGCUGAGCAAACAAAACAAAUUCUCAAAUGUAUGUGGUGCGGUCAAAGCUUCAAAUCCCUUGCAGAAAUGACGCGCCAUAUGCAGCAAACACAACAUUAUACAAAUAUCAUAUCGCAAGAGCAAAUAAUAUCGUGGAAAUCACCCGAAGAUAAGGCCACUAGUCAAACGCAUGUCAAUGCAGUCCUGACAUGUAAGGUUUGCGACCAAGCCUUUUCUUCGUUGAAGGAACUUAGUACACACAUGGUAAAGUUGGCUCAUUAUAAAGAACACAUCAUGCGCUCCAUUACCGAGUCUGGGUCUCGGCGUCGUCAAACACGAGAGAAGAGGAAGAAAUCUCUUCCGGUGAGAAAACUUUUGGAAUUAGAAAGAGCACAACAAGACAUGAAGAUGUCGGACGGUGGGGUUAGGUCUAGAGACUCUCCUGGAAGAAUAACUUGCGAGAAAUGCGGCGAUAAAAUAGAUACCACUCAAUUUGUCGACCAUAUCCGGAACUGCGUUGGUGGAAGUAAUCGUGACGAAUCCAUGAAGAUAUCCAUGUUGUCUCCUGAAUCAGAUUUUGGUUCAAGAUUCGAUCAAUCGCGUGAUUCAGAUAGUGAGGAUAAGAAAACUCCGGACAAAAGUAGCAGAGAAAGCCCAAGGGAGAUGGAAAUCGAACGAGAGAAGAAAGAAGAAGUGAAGCAGCCAUCAGUCCUGAACGCUCUUGAAAAGUUGAUCGAAAAAAGUUUCGAUACCAGGAAGUCAAAGCCGGGGAGUAGCAGCCCCCUAGGGUCGAGCAUCCUCCGACGCUUGGGCAUAGACGAGAGCACUGAUUAUUCAAAACCACUCAUGGAACCCCACCUCAUGUACUCGGCGUUUUCCCGUCUGCACGGAGGACCGCCAACGCCCGGAUCGUCUUCUUUCAAUCUCCCUCCGACAUUUGGUCCUGAUAGAGGAUACAUGAGAUGCCCUGACCCCGUUAUCAGCCCCAGUGCAGACUCAGAUACCCACGAUACAUACCCUAGGUCACCACUGAGGCCUGGAUCCCGACCGGCAUCUGCAGGGUCACUCACUAGGGAUGGUAGCGACAGAUCCUUAGACAUGCUGCGCCAUGACCGAACUUCUCUGCUACUCGAACAGUCGAUCCACACAGAAAAUGGAACAGACCAUUCAGACAUGGAACGCGACAGUCCAGCUUCCAGAGAUGAGUACCCUAAUCCUGAUGACAUUAGGGCUCGACUUGGUAUUAGUUUGAAUACUGAUUUUCGUAGCCUCGAUAGCUCAUUAGUGAAAGAUGUGUAUAGGUCUGAAGAUCGAAAUAAUUCCCCUAACAGUAUCGAUUUCAAUGAUAAAUCUGACAUCAAGCAGGAAUUAUCCAUGACGAACGGCGAAGACUUGGAUUUGGAUAACCGCAAGGAGGAGAUUAGAGUGAGGAACGAUAUUCAAAUUAAGGACGUCAACCUAAACAUCAAGAAAGAAGAGAGCAGCGGCAAUUUUCACCACGUCAAGGAAGAAAUUCGUGUAAAAGAAGAGCUGCGGGUGCGGGACGAGUUCCGGGAGCGAGCUGACGACCACGACGUGCGCGGUUCACCCAUGAGUCGUCUGACGGGAACGUCCCCCGCGGUCAGCAGCAGGUCUGGAACUCCUCACUCUGAUGCUGGGAGUGUUCGAGUCCCCUCAACUGGGGGACUUGGGGCUCUUGCUGGGCUUUUGGGUGCUGCAGGAGGGGGCGGAGGAGGAACAGGAUCCGCACAUCCUCUAGCAGCUCUUCAGAAACUCUGUGAUAAGGCUGAGAACUCAUCGCGCCAGCCAUCGACAAGCAAUGCUCAACAAGUUAAUCCAGGUUCGAUAAUUGCUUUCACUUGGGCUUGCAAUGAUGCAGUAACAGCUGAAAAUAACAUGAAAUGCGCUUUUUGUGACGUACCGUUUGUUAGUAAGGGUGCUUAUCGGCACCAUCUCUCCAAAAUGCACUUUGUAAAGGAUGGUAUUAUUUCAGAUGGAUCCUCAAUGAAACAAAACCAUGGUUCAUCCAGCGGUGGCAAUGGUGGUGCCGCUGGCAACAUGUCGUCCCAUCAUCCCAAUGGUAACAACAACAAUAGUAAUACUAGUAACAUGAAUGGCGGUGAAAGGAAGCAUAACCAUUCCUCGUCUUCGCCCGCACCUCCCCAAGAUGAUUCCCCCCACUCGAAGUUCCUCAAGUAUACGGAGUUAGCCAAACAACUCUCUAGCAAGUAAACUUAUAGUUAUAGCCUUUUCCCUUCGUAAUUCAUUCUACUUAGCGUUCAAGGCUUAAUUGUUGAGACUGACCAAGUGAGGAAAUGAACGUUCUGUUGCUCUAGAGUGUUCUUUCCUACUCGUAGCUCUCAAAAUAAGAGCCAUUUUGCUUAAGGCAUUUUUCUUAUAAACGUUAACUAGAUAGGCUGAUCAUCACUACAUUGUUAGUUGUGUAACCUCUAGAUUGAAAAAAAUGUAUAUCUUCUAUGGUGCUGGUUAUACCAGUGUGCUCAUCAUAUCAAUGGCGACGAUACGGUAAAUAUUUCGUCUCUGGACUCUAUACUUUCUGUGCCAAGAAUCAAAACAAAGUAUUAGUGAAUGUAUCUUUUGUACAGUACAAAUCGUAAGUAGCCUUUAACUGUGCACAGAAGUUAGCUACAAAGAUGUUAACAUGAACAUUUCACACUGAAGUGUGCAGUAUUUGCCAAGUAUUUGCUGCCAUCGAUGCGCGUUGUUGGGUAGUAAAUCCAACAUAAUUUGAUGUGGUUGUGUGAAAUAAUUUUUGCCAGUCGUGAACUGCUCAGAAAAUAACUACUGAAAAUAAACCUGUACAGGUUUAGCAUCAAAGUUUCGGCCGUUAAGCAACACGGAUUACGUACAGUGCGAGGAUAUAACAUUGAUGGCUUGACAAGAUUUCCCAACAUCCGCAAUGUUGAGUGUGGUCUGAACAUAGUUUCAACAUUUUCCAACAUCCGCAAUGUUGAGUGUGGUCCGAACAUGGUUCCAAACGUCAGAUGUAGCGUGACUGUGCUUGCGAGGCUCACAAAUGGAGUAGUUAUCUUCAAUUACACAUAUUAGCUAUGCGAAUUUUAUUAUUAAGAAAUUGUAUAUUACAAAUUUUUGGUUUUAAACAAUGAUCAAAAUAUUAGUUGUUGCCGUUUUGUCGUAUAUCUUCUGUUACUUUUAAUAUUAUGGCUCUGUACUUUAAUAUUCAUGAUCUCAAAAAUUGUUUUUUUUCUUUUUGAUCCUGAUUUUUGGAGCUUAAUUUACCUCGUUGUUUCAUCGCAUUUAUAUUAUAAUUGUGAUAAAAUUUUCAAAAAAUUAUAAAAU